AUGGUAUCACAAUUAUUUGAACAGAAAGCUAAGCAAGCUAACGAAUUGCCCUCCAAGCCUGACACUGAUGAAUUGUUAAAGCUAUACGCUCUGUACAAGCAGGCAACCGUCGGUGACAACAAUAAGGAAAAGCCUGGUAUUUUCAACAUGAAGGAUCGCUACAAGUGGGACUCAUGGGAAGAAUUGAAGGGUAAGUCGAAGGAAGAUGCUGAGAAGGAGUACAUCGAAUUCGUUGAAGAAUUACAGCAGAAGUACUCUCAAUAG